UGAACAACUGAACUGAACUAACUUUAUAUCUGCAAAAGCUGUUUCCAAACCAGAUCACAUUCUGAGGUCCUGAGGGUUAGGACAUCAACACAUCUUCUGGGGAACAUAAUCCAACACUAAUAGAAAGUGACUCACCCCAAAUCACCCAGAGGAACAGGCAGAAUCCCAAGGCCUGAGUUCUGAAUCACGGCCGGAGCAGCCUGUCAUCUGAAGAGCCUGGCUUCCACCUCUCCUGAGAUUUCAAUAUGUCAGCAUCCAGUUUAUGCCCGCUUCUGUGUCUAGCCGGCUAUGUUUGGCCACCAGAGCCAGCAUAGUUCUGGGUCCCACCAUCAUGUCCUGGGACACUGCCCUCAAAGUUCACCUGGUCAGCUCUGGGUCCCAGACCUACAGCACCAAGGAGAUCAAUCUGCAGCUGAGCCAGAAAGAUGGUCAGACCAUCGAGUGGAUUUUCAUCGACGCCAGGGCCUUCACAGAAAACAGCGAGUGGGCGAUCCGGCACUGGCCAGCCAAGAUGCUGCUGGACAAGGUGUCCCCAGCCGAGGAGGCAGGCCACCAAAAGGAUGUCUUCUACCUGUUUAUCCAGCGCAAGCUUCUCUUCUACGUCACCAACAUCAUCGCACCCUGUGUCCUCAUCUCCUCCGUGGCCAUCCUCAUCUACAUCCUUCCUGCCAAGGGAACGCCAUCCAGGCCUGUGUGGAGACCUGCAACCUCAUUGCCCACGCCCGGCACCAGCAGACUCACUUUGACAGUGGACAGUUCAAGCUUUUGAAAUAGGAAAAUCACCUCAUGAGAGUGCACAAGCUGGCAGUAAUCCUUUUCUCUGUAUGUGUGUUUGUCCGAAGCGGACAGGAGGGCUCCGGCUGGCCCCUCCUGCUCAGCGAAGGAACGUCCCUGAGCUGCGUGCUCCCCUUUUGCACUCAUUCCUGGAGGACAGAUUCCUCUAGACACCCUCCAGCGUCGCUGACUUUAUUAAACGGAAUAAACGGAACACAUGACUUUAUAA